AUGGAAUAUCGCCUGAAAACAAAUGUUGCUGUUGUUCAUCUGCCAUACGUUAUGUCCGUCAACAUCUCUGAAGAUGGAACAGUGAAUGUGGGAGAAUACGCAGGAAAAUAUCUAAAGGUGGUUUUAGAAGCUUUGAAAAUCGAAUACAGAAUAGUACCUGAGAAAAGCAAGCUAUUUGGUCAUUUGUUGCCCAAUGGAUCUUGGACUGGUAUGAUAGGUAUGAUACAAAGGGGUGAGGCAGAUUUGGCCUUCACACACAUCGAUUUAACAGAAGAACGUAGUAAAGUGGUAGAUUUCAGUACCCCUUACAACAUGGAUGCCUGCAUCUUUGUUUCAGUUAUGCCAGGAAAAAUCAAAUCAACGUUUGGGUUCCUCCAUCCUUUUGAUCUUAACACUUGGAUUGCUGUACUUUUGACCUUCUGUAUAAUGGCAAUCUUGUUUGCUCUUUUUCAAAACAGAUAUUCAUUAUUUGAGAUAUUCUUCAGACUAUUCGCAGACUUCUUACAACAAAAUUCAAUGCCAGUGGUUGGUUCACUCAAAUAUAAAAUUGUAUUUCUAACUUGGUUGUUAUUUGUCACGGUGAUAACUUUCAGUUGGUCAGCUACCUUACUGUCAUUCUUAAUUGAACCAAAAAGAGACAAUAUGGUGAGGACUUUUAAAGAACUUUCCAAAGCUGUUCAAAUCGGAACACACAGGGCAACCUUGGAUGAUGUAAAUCUACCUUUUUUGUUAAAUUCAGAAGACGAUGAUCUUAAAAUUCUCGGACAAAUAGUUAUACGCAACGAAUGGCUUAUACAUGUAUCCAAACGAGGUACAGGUGCAUAUAUUAAUUAUCGAGCAGCAGAAGUGAUGUACAGAAGUGCUGCGGAAAUGUUGUUUGGAAAUCGGGAUGAUUUAUAUAUUUCUGAGGAUACGCUCUACGUUAUACCUACGGCAUUUGCAUAUGGGAAAAACUUUUGCUGUUCGUCAAAACUGAAUUCGAUUAUUCUAAGAUUGUCAAGUGCAGGACUGCAUGAUAAACUUUUGGGAGACAACACUUUGAAAUAUUUUUUAAAAACAGCUAAGAAAUUGAAUGAUGAAAGUACUGAUUUUUCUCUUUCCUUCAGUAAUUUGCUUGGAGUUUUCAUUCUAUUAGGUGUUGGAAUGAUACUUUCGUUCAUAGUUUUUCUUGGAGAAGUUAUUUAUGGUAUAAUUUAUUCAACUUAUUGUAUUAUGUACGGGAUUAAAUAG